AUGGACGAGAAGAGGGAAGUCGAACACGUCCAGGCGCUCGAGCGCGACGCCGAGCAUGCCUCCCACAAGCCAAAGUACAAGGCCAACACGCAGCUGGACGACGCUGCCCGCCUCCUCGAGGAGGCGGGCGGACACGUCGAGUACACGCUGGACGAGAUGAAGCAGGUGCUCCGCCGCAUCGACUUUUACGUCUGCCUUCCCAUGUGCAUCACCUACUGGAUCCAGCAGAUGGACAAGUCGUCCGUGUCAUACGCCGCCGUCUUCGACCUACAGAAACACGCCGGGCUCGUCGGCACACAGUACUCGUGGCUCACGUCCGUCGUGUAUUGCGCGCAGCUCGUGUGCCAGCCCAUCUCGGCGUAUGCCCUCGUCGCCCUGCCCGUCAAGACGUGGGUGCUGUUCAACAUGGCCGCAUGGUCAAUUUGCACCAUAUGCACGGCGGCAUGCAGAAACUUUGUGUCACUCCUGAUCUGCCGUAUGCUCCUCGGCGCAUUCGAAGCGACCAUCAUGCCGUCCUUCAUCCUCAUCACGCAGAUGUGGUGGCUGCGGCGCGAGCAGUCGUACCGCACCGUCGCGUAUCAGGUUGCCAACAGCUGCGCGGCCAUCUUCGGCCCGCUGAUGAGCUACGGCAUCGGGCGCGCGACGGAGGGCUCGGGCGUGAUCCUGGAGUACCAAGGCAUCUUUCUGUUCAUCGGCGCCGUGUCGCUCGCCUUCGUCCCCGUCGUCUGGUGGCUGCUGCCGAACUCGCCGACGACGGCGCGCUUCCUGCGCCGCAACGGCGGGCGCGACCGCCUCAUCGCCGUCCACCGCCUCAAAGAGAACAACACGGGCACCAAGACCUCCAAGUUCAAGUGGGCGCAGGUGUGGGAGACGUACCGCGACCCCAAGACGUACAUGUGGGCGGGCAUGUGGUUUUGUGCCGCCUGUCCAUCGGGCGGCAUCAAUGCCUUUGGUCCCCUCAUCACCAAGGGCUUCGGGUUCAGCACGCUCAAGACCAUCCUCAUGCAGAUCCCGACGGGGUGCAUCGGCAUCGCGGGCCUCCUGACGUCCAUCUACAUCACGAACCGCAUCAAAAUGCGCUGGCCCGUCCUCGCGGUCGUCACGCUCUUCCCAAUCGCCGGCGCCAUCGCGCUCACCCAAGUCGAGCGCUCCAAGCCCGGCGGCCUCAUGGCCGCCUACUAUGUCGCCUACGUCUUCUCCGUCAUCCAGCCCCUUCUCGUGUCGUGGUGCAACCUCAAUGCGUCCGGCACGACCAAGCGCGUCGUGACGACAGCGACCAUGUUCGGCGCCCUGACCAUCGGCAACAUCGUCGGGCCCCAGGUCUACUUGACGCGCGAGGCCCCGUACUACCGCACGGGGCUGUACGUCGACAUUGCGUGCUGGUGCAUCCUCCUCAUCCUCGUUGUCACGAUGGGCUUCUACCUCCGCCACCUCAACCGCAAGCAGGAGGCGCGCCGCGUCGCCAUGGGCCUUCCCGCGGGGCUGAAGGACACGUCGAUUAUGACACAUGAAGAGGCGGCAGCGUACAAGCUCGAGCUCGACACCAAGCUCCGUGCCGCGGGGUUCAGUCCCGAGCACGUCAACGAGCACGCUUUCGAGGAUCUCACAGACUUUGAGAACAUAUACUUCCAGUAUGUUGUGUAG